AUGAAAAUAGUUAAAGCUAAAGUAGGAACACAAAAAGUUAAUUGCCAUCUUGAACCAGGAUUUCUGGGGGCUUCUAUGUGUACUGAUAAAAUCCUUAAGAAAAUUGGAGGGAAAAUUACUAGACGAAUAACUCUUGAAGAUAAAGAUAGCAAAUUCUUCAGGGAGAUGACUACACAUCCAAUUGGAUGGGCUGUAAUUCCACUUACCUUCACCUCUAAUGUAGAAAAAAGCACUCGAAUUAGUAACAACAAAUCUAUCCAAAGAUAUGAUAAGGAUAAACCUCCAACUUAUUUACCGGAAAUAGUAACAGAUGCAGAAGAUGCUUGGGUAAGAACAACUCUGCAUAUCAAGAAUUACAAAGAAAAAGGAUCAAGGGUCAUAGUAUCUGUUAAUAAAAGUAAUUACACCCAUACUGUUUUAGUACCUGAGUCUGAUUCUUCCAAUAGUGAUUCAAGUAAUUCUUCCUCAUCCAGUUCUGACUUGGAAAAUGGUGAA